UUUGGAUGCUUAGGAACAUGUCAUACUUUUCUUUCUUGGUGUGCAUAAUGCCAGAUUGUUUGUGGAAACCUAUGCUUUGUCAUUAGGUCAUUUCUGAUACCUAUAGGGUCCUCAGUCAUUUUGGAAAUCUUUCAUACUGCAUGCUGAGAACCAAAACCAAAGCUCUCUUUAGAAGCACCAUUAAGUACUACCAAGCCAGAAACAUGGGCUUCAUCACAGAACAUCCACAUUUUUAUCAAUGUCUGUAUUGUUUGCAAACUUGUAGACCUGUGAUGUCUUGAUUGACAUUGAAGAAGAAUUUAACAAUGGGAAUGGUGUUCUUUGAUUAACAAUCAGGCAUGAUGCACAAUAAGUGAGGAAACUGUGCAAAACCAACCCCUAAUGUUAGCAAAACUAUGGAAUUACCCUUUAAAUUCCAGGUGUACUAUAUUUGAUGAUAAACUUUCAGGAGACUGGUAGUACAAAGAAAUGCCAGCUGAGCUUAAGGGAGGAGACCUCCUGUAAAUUGAAGAUGUGUUUAUAUUUCCUAACAUUGAACAGUCUUUUUCAUCCAAGUGGAAUAGUGGAGCACAGAGCUGUACAGUUUGAGCCGUGGAUCGUCCAGGCUAAUAUGCACAUGCUCCAUGCGAUCCUAGUUGUAUAUAUGAGACUUUAUAGAUCUGUGUUUGAUCAGAGUUUGGAGAGUUUGAGCGAGUGGUGUCUUUCACCCUAGUUCAGAGUUCAAUAUUCCAGAAGGUAAAUUCCAAUCUUGAGUUUGCUUCUCUUUAUAUUUUGUUAUUCCACCUCCUGGGCCACAUGACGAUGCUGUAUCUUUAUUUUCUCUUAGUUUUGUUUGUUGUGCGGAUAAACAGAAUGAGGACGGAACAUUGCUUUACCUUUUUUGUUUUUGUUUAGUGAUGACUGAUAAUAAAAACCUGGUAAAGGGCCUUUCUAAUUUGUAUUUUGUUGCUAUACUGUAUUGAAGUUUCAUUGUAUAUGCAAGUAUACAAUGAUGAUGGUGAGGUAAAAAAAAAUGUACUCAUACAAAUGAAUGAGACAACCAGUGUUCUGUGACCAUCUCUUCACGCCACUUUUCUCAAGAUGCAUCCGAAAAUAUGAUCUGGAAAAUGAUUUAUAACUACGUGGAUAGUGCACUCUUAUAUAAUGCCAAAUCAAGGCUUCAGAAUGAAUCGUUUUAUUGGGUGAAUGAAGUCAGGACAGAAUAUUUAGUUAUCUGGAAGUAAACACAACAUCACAAGUUUGGUUUCAAGGUACAUUUUUUGAAGCAUUUACUGGAAGGACCCUGGACAAUCAUUAGCUUGAAAAACAGGUUUCCACCCACAUUCUCCCCACCACCACCCAACAUUAGAUUGAAUAAAAACGUUUGUAUUUACUCAACUAGAAUGGAUUCUUGUGUCAUUUCUGAUUAAAUGGGCAGAAUAGGAUGUCUUUGGUUCAACUGCUUAGUUCUCUGAAGGCAGUGGUUGGUAAGCAUUUGAAGAACCAAAAAGACUCAAUAAUCUGUUUUGCAGGAGAGCUAUAAUUGUUACCAGAUUUUCCCAAAUAUUGAAAUAACCUGUUCUUGUUUGUCGAAUAAUUAAAUUUCUAUACAAUUUUCCAAAGUUCAGUGUCAUAGUAUACAGUUGUCUUUGUAAAAACAACCCAAUCAAAAUCAUAUUUUUUAUUUAUAGAUGGUCAACAACACAGUAGACUAAAGGGGCUUCCACCUUGUAGCACCCAAUAAUGUUGUAACUUCCUGAAAACCAAAUAACGCCUGAAAGUGUAAUAAAAUUCCAACUUAAAUUGAUUGGAAAUGUGAUAAAUGCCCAGUGAUGCAAUAGCAUGACCACUAAUGUAACAAAAUGUGUUGGGCUCUACACCUGCAUCAGCCUCAUCUUUUCCCCCAGCAACUUAGGCUGGAUGGUGUUGAAGGCACUAAAGAAAAAACUAUUCUCACCAUGCACCCAGCUACACCCAGGUAGGAGUAGGAUUUAGCAUUGUCAUAUGUCAAUCUUAAUCGGUAGGUCAACUCUGACCUUACUAAUUCUUACACAGUUUUCUCAUGUUUCUAUAUGGCUGGAUUUUGAUUCUUGGCUUGCGUCUUGUAGGUCUCCUUUUUACCCAGUGUGUAUGCUCAAUUUCAUGUUUUAGACUGGGAAGAAAGCUGUCAGGAAAAUGUACAAGGACUGCCUUUUGUAUUCAUCUACCUGCUUUUUUUUGUAUACCAGCUGUUGUGUCUUAUCUGCAUUUUGUCAGUUUGAUUCACCAUCAAAAUGAGAUCUCAGACUUUGCAGUAGACCAUUUCCAAGUCUUCGAUCUAUUCAUUGUUCUAGACUAGAGUCCUAAAUGUUACUCUCUCCAUUUAGCUGACUGAUAAAUGUGUAUAAACUUCAGAAACGAGGUUAUAUUCUCAGUGGACUUUUUUUUCUGACACAAUAAUCAACACACAAUAUACUGUUGGACAAGGGAUGGAAAUCAAUGACUAAUCAAUUAGUCUUAUUCUGGGUCUAAAUCCACUGCUUACUUGGUUAAACGUUUCCGGACUGUUAUCGGGAGGGGCUUGCACAAUGAUUAACUUGGACUGAACAACAUAUGUAUCAACGCAUGAUUCUCACUACCUAAGCAAUGGUAUUUGCAUUCAGGUUGGAUCCUUCUCUACAUUCUGAUGAAAUGGACAGACUAGGGUGUCUUCUAUUCGUUCUACUGUUUAGUUCUCUUGAGGUGGCGGAUGGUCAAGGUUCAAAAUGCUCCAAACCAUCUUUGAAAAAUGGCUAUUUUGUCCCAGAAAAAGACACUUAUCAGCAUAGCAGUGACAUUACAUAUGCCUGUGAAAAGGAUUAUGAAAGAAGGGGAGAGGGAUGGUGGGGUACUAGCAAAUGUGUUAAUGGCACAUGGUCACCUGAACCUGUAUGUAAAGAUAAAAGUGACUGUUUUGCCCCUGAUGUCCCUAAUGCUAAAUUCAGAAAGUUGGGAACUGAAAAAUAUCUAAUUGAAUGUGAGGCUGGAUAUGAAAUAGACAACACCACCACUUCAACAAUACUAACAUGUAAGGAUGGAGAAUGGUCAACAGGAUCAUGUAUUAAGAGUGCAACUUCAUGUGGUGCACCUGCUUUUGUGUCUGAUGCUGUUAUCAUCCAUAAAUACCAGGACAUAUUUGGGGAUAAACAGGCAGUAGAGUAUAAAUGUAUGGAUUCCUAUACUUUGGAAGGUUCUAUCAUAAGUGUCUGUGAGGAGGGGGAAUGGAGCCCACCGCCUAAAUGUCAGUUCCUUAAACCAACUGCAGCACCAAGACCUGUCCAACCUACGCCUGCUGCUGAUGACAGAACAGAUGACGCAGGACGUACCAAACAGCCCCGGACACAACCAUUGGAGUUCUGUGGUACAGCCCCUGAUUUAACAAACGGUCUAGUCUCUAAGCUUGAUGAAUCAACACUGUUAAUCCGAUGUAGUAUUUAUUACACGCGUGAGGGACCAGAGCACGUUUUUUGUCUUGGAAAUGGAAAGUGGUCACACCAACCCAAUUGUUUAGAACCCUGUAUGAUUGCCGGGACAAAUCCGCCAAAAGGAGUGGCACCAUUUACAGGGAUACAAUACAUAGAGGAAGGCAACAGAAAACUAUUCUACUGUCACAAGAGAUGGCCCUGGGGAGGUUUCAAAUAUCAACAUUACUAUUUAGAUGUUGGCUGUUACCAAGGAAAACUACGUUUUACUGAAUGUGUCAAAGGGUGAGAAUCCCACCAUAACAUCAAACUGAAACUCCAACCAAAUGAAGAGUUAUUAGAAGCCUUCCAGAGGACAUGAUGUCGCUUUCAUGUACAUCAAUUAUAACAGAUAUAUUAUGGUCCGUAUUCUCACAUCAUUUAAGAUCAUCUGCUCACAUAGUUGAUACAAUUAAAUGGCUUAAAUCAC